UUCUGGCGAUUGAAUUGAAGAGACAUCAAAAAGCAGAACAUGAACCCGGCGAUCGUACUUGUAAUUGUUGCGUUGAGCUGUGGUCUGCAAGAAACAUCAGCAGCUGUAUCUCGCACAACGAGAUGCUUGCUUCCUACACUUCAAGUAGAAUGCAAAACCGCCUCGCUCGAGUGGCGUUUUGAUGUGGACAAAGGGGCCUGUAUUGAAUUCAUGAAUCCAGACUGUUAUUUUCCUGGACAAAAUAGUUUUGCAACUAAAGCAGAAUGCAGAGAUAUUUGUCUACCAGACGUAGUCAGAAUCUGCAACGAGAUUAAAUCAUCGGUUAUGUUCCCUGGGCAAUUAAACGCUAGAUUGGAAAAGCUUCGGAAGAACGACUGCCUGUGAUAUAGAAAGUAGGUGCAGCCGUUUUUCAAUAUAUGAAAUGCUGACGAUAUUAAUAAAUAUGUGACUAUGAACUAUUGCUAUUAAUGAAAUUACUGAGAAAUUAUGGCAAAAACUGUGAAACA